CUCUGGUUCAGUGUUUCUCUCGGUCUACCGUGGAAAGGAUUGCCUUGUGCUGGAUAUUCAGGCAAACUCUGGGUGAUUUUUGACUUUUGCCGGGCAAGGAUGUAUUUCGUUCUUAUCUUCACGUAGACGGAGGCAGCCCCGAGGUUUGCAGAGUCGAGCAGCAAGCUUCAAACAGAGGUGUGUGUGGACGAUGAGUGAGGACAAGGACGCAGCACACGCUCAAGCCUCCGCCGUGCCUCCUCCCUCGCCACAGCAGCAGCAACAACAGCAACAGUCACAGCCACAUCAGCAUCCGCAGCCGUCGCCUCAGCCUCAGCACCACCACCACAUCGCCGCCCACCAAGCCACCACCCUCGUCUCCAUGCAGGCUGCCGCGGCUCCUGCCCAGCCUAUCGUACAGCAGGCCUCCCAGCAGGUGGGGGCCCCUCAGGGCGUGCCGCAGCCUGGGAUGCCCCAAGUGAUGCAGCAGGCUCCCCAGGCAGCCCACUCCCCCCACGGCGUCACGACCAGCAUGCCUCCGCAGUCCCCUCAGUUUUAUGUACAGGCGUCCUUAUCAUCAGGGAUGCAACAAGCACCACCGGCCAUUGCCCCAGCACCAGGCCCACAGACCACCACCAAUACAGUUUCAGCACUUCAUCAGCCUCUCCAGCAUCCUCUUGCCCCUCAGCCUCUCACUCAUCCAGGAGUUUCACCUUCUCCCAUGCCUCAGUUCUCACCUCAGGUUCAAGUAAUUCAGGGGAGCAUACCUGGUGCACCUUACCUGCAGCAGCUUUAUCAGAAUGCCCAGGGCCAGCUUAUCAUGCCCAGCAACCUCACCCUUCAAACAGCCACUGGGAUGAACACCACACCCAUACAGCCCAACACCCUCAACCAGCUUAACCAGCCACUCCAGGGAAACAAUCACAACCCUCUUCAAACCAUCAGGCACAUCAAUCAUCCAAGUCUUCAGACAUAUACUUUCUUGGUGGGGCCUGAUGGUCGGCUCCAGUCUGUUAUGGCGCAGGUCAUUGCAGCAGCUGGAAAGCCAUUCCAAGGGCAACUUGCACCACACAUGCUGACAGCUACAGCAGGCAAGGCAGGAGUCCUUCAGGCUGGAGGUCAAGGUUACUCUCCUGCGGCCAUCCCAACCACAGGUAACCAGACUCUGGUGAUCAGUCAGCUGCCCGUGGGGGUCAUCAGCAGUCAGCAGCACAACAUUCUCCCAGCACACUCCUCAGCCCACAAGGCCACAGACAUGCAGAAGCAAGGAAUAACAUGGGCAACACAAGGCACCCUACACUCCCCAACUCUUCUUGCCACGCAGAAUCAACCAAUUUUCAUACGAGGUGGACAGCCUGGGCCAGAGAAUGUGUACAUCUCCAACCCUCAGCCUCAGGCUAUGCAUGCCACUAAUUCUAUGAUGCCACCCAUUGCAUCUGUGCAGCACAACACUCAAGCACCCAAACCCAGAGCUGGAAUGGAGAUCCCUGCCAACAUCCAACCCAAGGCUCCCAACAUGCGUCCCCCCAUCCUCCCCUCCAACACCACACAGAUUCGUCCUGGGUCUUCAGUCUCCACCCAGACAGCUGGGCAACAAUUGGCCCCAGGACAUAUCGCACCUCCAAGGCCACAGAAUAAAAUGCGUGGGAAGAGUGGAACAAGCCGUGGUUCUCCUGCAAUGGGUAAUGCCACUCAGAUGUCUACCGCUGCACAAAUGUCUCACAAUACAGUCACCAAUAGUAACACCAUGGUAGCAACAGCUGUCACUGCUAAUGCUGGUACUCAAGUGAUGCAUCCAACAUCAGUGUCUCCUGCCCCCAUGUCCAAUGCCUCAUCAGUAUCUGCACCAAACAAAGCCAUUACUCAGUCAGCAUCAGUACAAGCAAUCACCAGCAUUAGCCAAACAAAACCUGGAGUGCCGAUGACACCUCCCACUGCCCCACUUCCCCCAGCUGGCCAGCCUCCUCCAGGUCUGCCACAUUUAGUCAGAGCUCAAAUGGGUAAACCGCAACAGACUGCCACAGGAGUUGCACAGGUCUCUGUGGCCCCAUCACCUCCCACUCUAAUGUCAAAUGUGUCACUACAAACUCAUGCAACAAUACAGCCUAUGACGAGUCAAGCUCCUGCUACUACCACUGCUCCAGUUCUUGCUCCUAUGAACACUGCCUUACAACAACAGUCACAUCAGCAGCAGCAGGAGCAGCAGCAGCAGCACCACCACCACCAACAACAACAACAACAACAACAACAACAGCAACAGCACCACCAACAACAGCAGCAGCAACAGCAACAGCAACAACAGCAGCAACAACAGCAACAACAACAACAGCAGCAGCAGCAGCAGCAACAACAACAACAACAACAACAACAACAACAACAACAACAACAACAUCAACAACAUCAACAACAACAACAACAACAAAUGCAACAGCAGCAGACUGCUAAUGGUCCUGUGUCUCAAGUCACUACAUCCAUGCAACCUCCAAUCUUGUCUCCAGCUCCAGCAAUGGUUCCUAGCUCUACCACACAGUCAGUACUGCAGUCAAAGACUGAAGUAAAAAUUGAAAACAGCCUUCAUAAAAAAGUGAAUCCACUGACCCCAACCACAACUGAGGGCAGCCCAGUGAAAAAAGUUAGUCCUAUGACACCUGCCAGCAUGAUGACCUCAUCAGCUGCCACCCACAACACUCAGACAGUGCCUUCACAAAUGUCUUCGCAGACACAAGUGCCAACUGUGAAUGGAACAUCAAGUGAAAGUGGGGAAAUUCCAGAUAAAACUCCACAGUCAACCAUCAAUGGCACAGCCCACCCACCUGUGUCCUCGGUCACCGUCAGUAGUGGUCCCCCCAAGGCUAUGGUAAAGCCACAAGUUCUCACCCAUGUCAUUGAAGGCUUUGUUAUACAUGAAGCCUCUGAACCGUUCCCUGUAAAUCGCUCAUCUUUACUCACUGAGAUCUCAAAACCUCGCCCCCCAAACUACACAAACACUGCAAAUCCGGUUGCAGCAGUCACGUCUACCUCAGCCCAGGCACCCACAGGAGGACAGGCUGAAAAAGAAAAUCAACCUGAUGAUGAGGCAACAAGGAAAAAGUCAAGUGAACAGACAUCAACAUCCCCGAAAGGAGACACAGCUAAAUGUGAAUUGUGUUGCAAGACAGACUUGCGAUCUAAAUUUAAAAGAUCCAAGAGAUUCUGCAGCACAGCUUGUGCAAAGAGGUACAAUGUUGGAUGCUCAAAAAGAAUUGGCCUUUUUAGAAACCAAGAAGAAUCCCCAAGCAAGAGAAUGCGUGAAGAAGGAAAUGCAGAUGUUGGUGAUGCAGCUCCUCAGCUGGAGCCUGCUGAGUCACAGGACAUUGAGGCCACAGGCAUGGAGACUGGUGGGGAAGCUGCUGAUGGAGAUGGAACCUCUAACCUGGAGUCCCCCUCUAAAACACAGAGGGUAGACAUUCUGAAGUGGACGGUCAAGGAUGUAGUGGACUUCAUACAAAACCUGCCUGGAUGCAAAGAAUAUGCUGAAGACUUUGCACUUCAAGAAAUUGAUGGCCAGGCACUCAUGCUUCUGAAGGCAGAUCAUUUGAUGUCUGCAAUGUCCAUGAAGUUGGGUCCUGCCCUUAAGAUAUGUGCAAAAAUUGAGUCAAUGAGAGGUGACAGAAAGGACACAUGAAGGACAUAGUGUGUAAGGCAUUGUCUGCUUUUGUUGAGCAGCUUUAAUUCAUAUUUAUGUAAAUGUUAGAAUUGCUAGGUCACUUUCUGUACUUUGAGAACCUGUUUUUUUCUACUACUGAAAGCCAAAUGUGUUGUUUAAUGUAUAUAUUUAGAUUUAUCUAAAUUACAAUGUAAAUAUGAAUACUUUAAUAUAAUAAUAAUAAUGCUAUGACUGAGAUAACUGCACUGCCAUUCUUAGAAUUAAACAUUUCUCACCACUGUCAAACCUAAAGAUAGAAGUGUAAGUAGAGGUUUUGUAUUGACUUGAGCAUGUACUUUUGUAACUACUGAGUAUGAACCUUUCAUAUCUGGUUUAAAAAAAAGAGAGGGAUUGUUUCAUAUAAGUAGAAUAACCAAAUGGUGCUUGACUGUUUUCUUGUAUGGAUCUCAUCACUAAUUUAUUCUUAUUUUAAAAUGAGUGCAAUCACAAGUUUAAGCUGAUCCGAGAUUUAUAUGAACCAAUUAUCCUUUGCUGUGCUGUUUUGAGUUUCUUAAAGCUAUCAUGAAGUUAUUCUGGAGUGUAUUGCACUACACAGUUAUUACUCUGUUUUACAACUUAUUUACACACUAGAUUUUUCACAAAUAUAAAUUUAUAUUAAUUGUUGUUAAAUCAUCUUCAUUUACAUAAAAAAACUAAAUAGGUGUUUAUAGGCAAUACUCCUUCACUAAUAAGUUUCAAUACUCCUUCACUAAUAAGUUUCAUAUAUCAUACCAUCACUGGUUUGUUUGCAUUGGAAGGUAUAGUAUAUGGGACCAUAUAAUGCUGCUGUGAGAACUCAACCCUUUGGGUAAGGCAUUAGUGAACAGAAAUUAAUCAGUCUGUCAAGGGUUUCAUAAGUAGUUAUGUGUGGUUGAAGUGUGUGUUUGUACAAAGAAUGUUUUGUAAAGCAAUGGUUAGAUAUAUAUUAUAUGGUUGUUGCACACUCAGUGACUCCAUUUUGUAAUAUACUUUAUUCAUAAAUUCAAA